AUGUCAGCGCCUGUGCUGGUAGACACGAAGGGCUACACUGCGCCGCCGCGCGUCGACGCGGACCGCGAGUCGCUCAAGGACGACGAGAAGUCGAUCGAGAGCGGCGGCGCGGGCUCGGGCACCAACGACGACAAGAACCGCACGGCCGCCGGCGACGACCGCGCAGACGACGUGCACUACGGCACGCAGGACACCAACGAGCACGGCCUGAACCUCAAGAGCCACCUCGGCAACCCGUCGGAAGAAGAAAGCAUCAUCCUGGAGAAAUGGUACACCCCGCCGGACGCGUACGAGAACAAGCACCGCUGGGACCCGCGCUUCAAGUGGACGCCCGAGGAGGAAAAGAAGCUCACGCGCCGGCUCGACCUGCGCGUCACGUUCAUCGCGUGUAUCUGCUUUGCUGCACUGCAGCUCGACCGCGGCAACAUCAACAAUGCGCUCAGUGACGGCAUGCUCAAGGACCUCAACCUGACGACGUACCACUACAACAUCGGCCAGACAAUCUUCUACACCUCGUUCCUGUUCGCCGAGCUCCCCUCGCAGAUGAUCUCCAAGAAGCUCGGGUCAGACGUCUGGAUCCCCAUCCAGAUGAUGGGCUGGUCGGCCGUCGCCAUCGCGCAGGUCGGCCUGACGUCCCUGCCCUCGUUCUACGUCACGCGCGCGCUCAUCGGCCUCAUCGAGGGCGGGUUCAUCGCCGACACGAUCCUGUACCUGUCCUACUACUACACUUCAGCCGAGCUCACCAUCCGCCUCGCCUACUUCUGGGUCUCGCUCACGGUCACGCAGAUCGUGGCUGCGUUCCUCGCUGCAGGGCUGCUGCAGCUGCGCCACAUUACGCACAUGGCUGGCUGGCGCUGGCUCUUCGCAAUUGAGGGCACAAUGACCUUCCUCAUCGGCGUCUUCGCCUUCUUUUACCUGCCCCCCGGGCCGACGCAGACCAGCCGCAACAUGUGGGGCAAGCUGCGCGCCAAGAUCCGCGGCAAGCCCAGCACCGGGUGGUUCACCGAGCGCGAGGAGAAGAUCAUCGUCAACAAGGUACUGCGUGACGACCCGACCAAGUCGUCGAUGCACAACCGCGAGGGCUUGGGCCUCAAGGAGCUGUGGAAGUCGUUCACAGACUACGACCUUUGGCCAUUGUACAUCCUCGGCUUGACCACCUUCCUCGCCCCGCACACUAUCGGCGCGUACUUUACCCUCUCGCUGCGCAACCUCGGCUACACGACGUUCGAAACCAACAUGCUCACCAUCCCCAUGCAGGUGCUCACCAUCGCGGGCAAUCUCGCGCUGGCGUACCUCGCCCGCAGGGUGAACGAGCGCAUCCUCGUCUCGUCCCUCUGCCCGUCGUACCUCUUCGUGUUCCUGCUCAUCACUAUCUACCUCCCGACCGGCGCUAGCAAGUGGGCCCGCUGGGCCGUGCUUACGCUGGUCAUGAGCUAUCCUUACCCCCAUCCCAUCCUCGUCUCGCUCAACUCGAUGAACUCGGGCUCGGUACGCACGCGCACCGUCGCGUCAUCCCUCUACAACAUGUUCGUGCAGGCCUCGUCGCUCAUCUCGUCCAACAUCUACCAGCCCAAGGACGCGCCGUUCUACCACCGCGGCAACCGCGUGCUCCUCGGCCUCGUCGUCGUCAACCUGCUCCUGUUCUGGGCCACAAAGGGCUGGUACAUCUGGCGCAACAAGCAGCGCGACAAGAUUUGGAACUCGUGGACCCACGAGCAGAAGCAGCACUACCUCGAGACGACCAAGGACGAGGGUAACAAGCGUCUCGACUUUAGGUUCAUCCACUAG